AAAGAAAAAAAAUUUGGAAAUCACAGCAGCAACAGAAACGACAGCGACAAUUCCAUUUUCCCCAACCCCAGCCAAUUUGAUGAUAAUUAUUGUGUGAGCUCUGCGGACUGCAGUGGUGACUUCAAUUUGGAUUUUGGAAACUCCUCCUACACCCAAUACGCCUGUCGCCGGCCCUGCGAGAUGAAUGAGCGUGGCUGCAGCAAAAUACCCCGGGGCUCUGCAAAGAUACGCCAAGGACCAACGCCGCGGCAGAAGUACUCGCUUCAGCCGGUGUUCCAUGAGCGGUCCAAGCACGAGGAUGAUUCGCUGUUGUCCAACAAUCUGUGGAAGCUGGCCCGCAAAACAGGCACCCUGAAUCUAACCAACAAGGGAAUGGCACGUGUUCCCGAGCGGCUGUAUGAUAUUAAUGAGGCGGAUGCUGAUAGCAAGAGGGCCGACUUGGUGAAGUUGUCGAUCAACGAGGAGGAUGCCUGGUGGAAUCAAGUACCCAUUAAUAAUCUAGACUUGAGCUCGAAUGCUCUAACGCACAUAUCACCCAAAAUUGAGAAUCUGCUGACACUCACCGUGCUCCAGCUGCAUGACAAUGCUUUAGUCUCACUGCCACCAGAGAUAGGCAAGCUGGAGAAACUGGUGCGAUUGAAUCUUAGCCACAACAAGCUAAGUGAAUUGCCAGCCGAGUUCUACAGCUUGCCAGAGCUGCGGCAUUUAAAUAUAUCGCACAAUGAAUUCCUCGAACUCAAUCCGGAUAUCAGCAAUUUGCAUAUGUUGGAAUUCCUGGAUGCUGGGAACAAUAACAUAAACACUGUGCCAGGUGGCAUUGGUUUUCUGGUGCGUCUAACAGCGCUUUUGUUGGCCAAUAACCACAUCAAGGAACUGCCAACCGAUAUUGUCAAUAUGCGCUCUCUACAAAAACUGGAUCUAAUGAAAAACGAUCUGAUCGCCCUACCAGAGGACAUGGGCCUCAUGAGGAAGCUGGAGUGUUUGUACGUGCAACACAAUGACAUCAAGGAGCUGCCCACCUUCGAGGGCAAUGAGAUGCUCAGUGAGCUGCAUGCCAGUAAUAAUUUUAUAGAGAGCGUGCCCCAGGACCUUUGCGCCAAUUUGCCGCAUUUAAAAAUUUUUGAUUUGCGUGACAAUAAAAUCACACAGCUGCCAGACGAGAUCUGCCUGAUGCGCAAUCUGAAUCGGUUGGAUCUUACCAAUAAUUCCAUCAGUGUGCUGCCUGUUACCUUAUCCUCGUUGGCACAUUUAAUAAGCCUGCAAGUGGACGGGAAUCCCAUUAAGACAAUCCGACGCGAUAUUUUGCAAUGCGGCACGGCACGUAUUUUGAAAACGUUGCACGAUCGUGCCCAGGCCAAGAUCAGGGAGGAGGGUGGUGCGGAUGAGGAAGCUCCAUGUAGCAGCAGAUCCUCAACAGGCAGUCAAGGAGCAAUGAAUAAUCUGCCCAACAAUAUGACAGACAGCUAUCAGCAGAAAGGAUCCUAUAUGCAUUCCUAUCCCUGUCAAUGUCAGUGCCAAUAUCAACAGUUUAUGCAACAACAAUACGGUGCUUACUCUCCACUCUUUAAUCCAAGCCCACAAUACAUGCCACAGGACUUCGAGCAGCGGCAUCAAUUUCUCUAUGAUAAUCCUUAUAUGCCGCAUUCACUGUUUCCCCUUCGCCAGGAAACCUAUUUCAAUGGCAAACACAUUCCCGACUGUGUGCCCAUGAGGGGAGUGCAACAAAGAACAUUUGAGCAACCACAUUUGGUAUACAAACUUCGACAUACACGUACAUUGGCUGUCAAUUUGGAGAACCUGACCAAUGUGCCCGAGCAUGUCUUUCAACUGGCCAGCUCAGAGAAUGUGCAUGUGGUGGACUUUGCUCGCAAUCAGCUUGGGUCGCUGCCACAGGGUUUGCAGCUUAUGAGCAAUCUGGUGACGGAGCUGGUCCUCGCACACAAUGUCAUCGCGAGUGUGCCGACGUUCAUCACACAAUUCACUCGCAUCACAUUUCUAAAUUUGUCCAACAACCAGAUCAGGGACUUGCCCAAUGAGUUUGGCGUGCUGAAUACGCUGCGUGAACUCAACAUUGCCAAUAAUCGAUUUGAGUUCUUGCCAAAGGGACUGUAUGAGUUGCAGGGCCUCGAGAUAUUGAUUGCCAGCGAGAAUCACAUUAAGGCAUUAAAUGUGGAUGGAUUAAAGGGUAUGCCACGCCUGAGCACACUCGAUUUGCGCAAUAAUGAUAUCGAAUUUAUACCGCCCAUUCUCGGCAAUCUAACAAAUAUUACCCACUUGGAGCUGGUGGGUAAUCCAUUUCGCCAGCCACGUCAUCAGAUCUUGAUGAAGGGCACCGAUGCCAUAAUGUCGUACCUGCGUGAUCGCAUCCCAAUUUGAAGCAAUAUUUCAUAUAUAUGUAUAGCCCAGUUUUAUUUAGCGCAUGUUCUAAGCGCUAUUUUCAUUUAUUAUUGUUGUGUUGAUUAUGAGACAAAAAGCUUAACCAAAUUAAAGUAGCGCCCACCCACACAUGCCACACAGCACUGCCUAUGUUGUGGAUGUGUGAGUGUGUAUGUGUGUGUGGGCGCCAUACGCGCGUAGUACCUUAUGUACCAAUUAACCUGUACACUCAGAAAAAAAGUCAAGACAACAACAAAGAAACAUUGCUAAAAUCCGGACAAAGUGCAAAAUUCUAUACAAAUGUUUAUCAAAUGUUCUUUUGGUUAUAUUAAAAUUUCAGAAUGUAAGAUUGUUUUUAAAUAAGUUGAGCACGAAUUUUCUGUACCACAAAAUGUUACUAAUUUAGAAUCGGGUUUUUUCUCUGAGUGUGCCAGUCCAGAGAGCAAACUAGUCAGCUAAUAUGGUAAAUAGACACAACACGCACUUCGUUGAAAGCUUGCAAUAAUAAUUAAACGCAAAUGGAAAAAGUA